UUUCUAACAAAACAUACUCGAUAUACUCAACAGCAUAAAUUAUCGCUCUAGCGAUCACCUGUCAAUCAGCAUGGCGACUCAAGCAUCAUUGCCGCCUGCAUUUACGAUGACACCUCCAACACCAGAAUGCAAGGUUGAACUGGAUCCACGAUAUUACUCAAAGCACGACCAUUAACUGGCGAGCUGGAUUUACCGAGACUGCAGGAUAGUUGUCACAACUGCUUCAUGUGGACGCAGAAGGCUGCUAGAGGGUGUGCUACUCAUUCUGCAUCGCCUAACAAAGAGCCUGGCUGUGCUGGGUGUCAGAGUGACGGUGCGGGUAUUGGUGUCAAAGCUUGUACUGGAUGUAAGAAAGUCAAAUAUUGCAGUAGGGUUUGUCAGAAGCAAGCGUGGACUAGAGGUCACAAGAACGAGUGCACGCUCCUCAAAGAUCCGAGCCUUCCUCCACUACCUAGUUCGGUGAGAGCGGCUCUACAAUUGGCAUCUCUCAUGAGCAGCACUUCUGCAUCUGAGGAAGACAAGGCAGGUAUUCUUCGACUCGAAGCUCAUGAUCGCUCUACAAUCGAGCAAUACAGUGAUAUCGAACAGUACGAAGUAACGGUAGCUUCGGCGAGAGACCUUUUUGGUCGUGUCAGUCCCGAUGAUCCAGAAGCAUUCAAGAUACGAGACUACGUAGGGAAGAUUCUCCGCAACUCUUUGACCCUAACAACACCAACUCUGGAUCCCAUGGGCAUCGCUCUAGAUCCAAUAGCUUGCUCGGCUAAUCAUUCCUGCAACCCGAACGCGAGUGUCCUCUUCGACUGCCCUAGAAUCUUGAUGCGAUCCCUGGUACCUAUCAAAAAAGACGAAGAGGUCUUUAUCUCGUACAUCGACAAUACGGAUCCUUACUAUCGCCGUCAAGCCCAACUGAAGACUCGAUACUGUUUCAAGUGCGAGUGUUCCAAAUGUCGACUAGGACCCAACCAGAGAGAGGAUAAGUGGGCACAAUCGCCAGAGACUCUUAAUACCAAGCUGUUGAAUCUUGCUGCACUUGCAGCAGCCCGCUUCCCAACCGACCCUGCCGAUUACAUUGGAGAUUCUAAGGCUGAAAAAGAUCUGUCUGCUGUUCAAGGCAACAUCUAUCGAAACUACGAGGGAUUGCGCAACCUAAAAGACAAUGCUCAAGCAAUCAAGGAGCUCGAGAACGUCAUGCGGAUUUGCAAAGACUCUGGCGUAUGGCCCAUCACCAGACAGCCUUACGCAAAUGUACGCGUGGAUCUUUCCGCUCGCAUGCUGGACGAAGGUCGUCUUGGUCUUGCUCUGUUCCAGAUGGCCAAAACAUACUUCCUCAUCGAUCCAAUCCUAUACCCGCAAGACUUCCAUCCCGUCAGAGUUCUUCACACAUGGGGACUGGCAAAGACGUUGGUAGCAGCCUAUUCUUCUGGCAACGACCCAAGCCAAGAAGUUGAUCCUGGUGUGGAAGAGCUUUUCCAAAGAGAAUUUGACUUCGUGGUGCCUAUCUGGAGGAUCUUGAAGAAGUUGAGCGUGGAUGUGGUCAAGAGUCAUGGUUCGGGCAGUAAUCUUACUUUUAUGGUUCAUUCUCUUACUCAGCAAGUUAGAGAGGGUGUGGGUAUGGAGAAUCUACGCGAGAUUGAAAGAGAUCCUCUGCAUAUGUGGAGGGAGUUUGAGAGAUGGGCACAUUAUUUGCAGUACUAGACGUGUAUCAGUUCCGAUAGAUACGGCGAUGAGUCUACUAAUUGGUAUCUGAAAUUGGAGUGAAGCCUUUUUGAGGCUACCAAGCGCAGAGACAGUACUCUGGGAAGGCACAACUUUUCUCAAACACUCGGAGUCGGGAAGUUUGAGAGUGAUCUUUCCUCAUUCGACACGAAUUUUGCACAAGCCAACGCGGUGGUGCAUCGACGGCUCCUUCCAACACUCACUACUCUCCAUCCGUGACUGAGGCAGCCGCGAGCUCUUCGCUCCAUCUGCCACUUCCGUUUUCACUUUCAAAUCUGAAUUAAACCUGUCGACUCUCCUUCACGGACCUCAAUCACUUCCACAACUUGUCACGCUCUUCACCGCCGGACUCAUCCCAAUUCUACCUAUAACUGUCAUACUCACCAUCACUC